CGGAAUCACCCUAAAAUAAUUCCGACCUCUCCUCCUUGGGUGAAGGUUCAUUGCGGUGACUCUGUCACGUUAGCUGUCUUCUACUGCCUAGUUAAACGCUUCAUCUAUAAUGUCUGGCCGUGUUCUCGUUGGAGUUAAGCGUGUAAUUGACUACGCGGUUAAGAUUCGUGUGAAGCCGGACAACAGUGCCGUGGUGACGGAUGGUGUUAAGCACUCAAUGAACCCCUUCUGUGAGAUCGCUGUGGAGGAGGCGGUCAAGCUGAAGGAGAAGAAGCUUAUUAAGGAGGUUGUGGCUGUCAGCUGCGGGCCACAGCAAGCACAGGAAACCAUCCGUACUGCCCUUGCCAUGGGAGCAGACCGUGGCAUUCAUGUGGAAGUGACUGGGAAAGAGUAUGAAACCCUGGGACCCCUGCAGGUCUCCAAGAUCAUGGCUGCUUUGGCCAAGAAGGAGGACGCUCAACUCGUCAUCCUUGGCAAACAGGCCAUCGAUGAUGACUGCAAUCAGACUGGCCAAAUGACAGCAGCUUUACUGGACUGGCCUCAGGGUACCUUUGCAUCAGAGGUGUCACUGGAAGGAGACAAGGUUAAAGUGGUGAGAGAAAUUGAUGGUGGCCUAGAAACUAUUAAGAUCAACACACCAGCAGUCGUUACUGCAGACCUUCGACUCAACACCCCCAGAUAUGCCACCCUGCCUAAUAUCAUGAAAGCCAAGAAGAAGAAGAUAGCUAACAUGAAGCCUGCAGACUUAGGGGUGGACCUCACAUCACGGUUGGAGGUGUUGAGAGUGGAUGAGCCCUCACAGAGACAGGCGGGGAUGAAGGUGGAGACAGUGGACGACCUGGUGGCCAAACUGAAGGAGGCAGGGAGGAUAUAGAGGCUUUAGGGGCAUAAGCAGGGGAGCGCAGAACUUAGCAGAAGGAACUCUAAUGAAUAACUGGACUGUGUUACAUAAGCACACCCGGAGGACUAUCUUGUGUAUCGGUCUAAUCCCUCUGAGACUGUGACUCCUGAGAAAAUGCAGCUAGGUACUGACAGGAGAGGAGGAGUACUGAGAAACACUGUCCUGCAGCAAACCCAGACAACCCCAAAAGGAACAUGUAGUCUUUCAUUGCAUUUUAACUUACACGGGUGGUUCAUCUGUAUCACAGGCUACUAAUCUUUAGACCAACAGUCUUUAUGCAAUAAUUUAAACCAAGAAACUUCCUGUUAUUCAUGCUGCUGUUUGUAUUGCACUGUGUAUUAACACCACCAGUACGAUGCACUUCACCAACAGUUGCUUGACUCAGUUGUUUAAUGUUGUAUAGCUGUAGUCACACAUGUUCAGAGGUGCAGUUUUUGUAAAUGAUAUAUGUAAAUAUGGACCCGAACAUGUUGGGAUGAUUAUGUCCUUCAAGAUUAGUGUCAUAUCUACUGGUAAUUUGUAUAGUUUGUGUAAUUGUAACUGGGUUUCAGGACUGCCUAGGUGGUGUCUCUCAGUAUGAGCAAGGGGAGAUGAUCAGAAAUCUGAAUUUUACCAUAAGCGCCUCAAAUCUGUGUUGAUUGUACAGAACAUUACCAUGACAAUAAAGCUGCCAGUGUUUUUCAUAUCUAAA